AUGGUAGAAGAAGAUAGUGCUGAAAGGUUAGAGGAAGCUAGAAUGGUAGAAGAAGAUAGAGGUACAUUUCAAAUGGUAAGCGAUGCAUUUCGUGAAGAUAUUCCAUCGUCUACAGAAAAUGAAAUUGGUGUAGAGGAACCAAAUCUAGAAGCAAAGAAGUUUUUCGAUAUGUUAAAUGCGGCCAAGCAUCCAAUAUAUCCAGGUUGUAAGGAGGGUUAUUCGGCUCUCUCAGCUGCGACUAGGGUGAUGCAACUGAAAACGGAUUUUAACAUGUCGGAGGAUUGUGUUGAUGCGUGGGCUGAUUAUAUCAACGAUUACAUGCCAGAAGAUAACUUGCAUCCACCUUCGUACUAUGCGGUAGAGAAACUGGUUUCUGGUCUGGGUAUGCCUUAUCAGAUGAUCGACGUUUGCAUCGACAAUUGUAUGAUUUAUUGGAGAGAGGAUGCACAUCGCUUGGUUUGUAAGUUUUGUCGCAAACCCCGUUUUCAGGAGACCAGUGGAAGAGUUCCCAUACCGUACAAGCGUAUGUGGUACUUACCGUUAGCAGAACGGUUGAAGAGGCUAUAUCAAUCUCUUCGUACUGCGGGGUCCAUGAGAUGGCAUGCCGAACAUUCUACCGAAGGAGAAAUUGUGCAUCCGUCAGAUGCAAAAGCAUGGAAACAGUUUCAAGAAGUGUAUCCUCAUUUUGCUUUCGAGAGCAGGAACGUCUACCUUGGGUUAUGUACUGAUGGCUUCAACCCGUUUGGAAAGCAUGGGAGGCAGUAUUCUUUGUCGCCAGUCAUUGUCACGCCUUACAAUUUGCCACCAUCGCUGUGCAUGAAACGAGAGUUUUUGUUCCUCACCAUCCUUGUUCCGGGUCCAGAACAUCCUAAAGGUUCACUUGAUGUGUUCUUACAACCUUUGAUUUACGAGCUGCAAGAGUUAUGGGAGCAUGGUGUUCAAGCCUUUGAUGUUUCGUGCCAGCAAAAUUUUUUGAUGCGCGCUGCCCUUAUGUGGACGAUAAGCGAUUUUCCUGCAUACGGCAUGUUAUCUGGAUGGUCAACGCAUGGAAGGUUAUCAUGUCCGUAUUGUCAAGAUAAUACUGAUGCCAUCCGACUUAAACAUGGUGGGAAGACAAGUUGGUUUGAUUGUCAUAGGAGGUUUCUUCCAAGUAACCAUGAAUAUCGAGAGAGCACGACAAAGUUUACAAAAAACAAGACUGUUUGGGAUGGUCCACCGCCAGAGUUAGACGGGAAGUAUAUGUUGGAUCAAUUAAGUGAUUUUGAUGUAGAUAGAACUACAGAUUGCGGUGGAAGUGGACAUGUUCGUGUUAAAGGUUGUGGAGAGUUUCACAAUUGGCACAAAAAAAGUAUUUUCUGGGAUUUGCCAUAUUGGAAGGAUCAGCUACUCAGGCACAAUCUAGAUGUCAUGCACAUCGAGAAGAACUUCUUUGACAACAUCAUGAAUACAGUGUUAAAUGUCAAAGGCAAGACGAAAGAUAAUUUGAAGUCAAGAUUAGAUUUGCCUGCUAUAUGUGUGCGUGAUGAGCUACAUGUCUCGGAAGACGGGAAAGGCCCCAGCCCCAUUUUCAGAUUGGAAGGGGCUGCAAAGGAUGAGUUCUUUCAGUGGAUUAUCCACAACGUCAAAUUCCCUGAUGGAUAUGCUUCAAACCUACGAAACUGUGUAGACAGUCAAGAAGGCCGCUUAAGUGGAAUGAAAAGUCAUGAUUGUCAUGUUUUUAUGGAAAGGCUCCUUCCAUUCGCAUUUGCCAAACUCUUACCUGUACCAGUGCAUGAAGCUAUUGCAGGAAUAUGUGCUUUCUUUCGAGACCUAUGCUCAAGAUCACUUACAUCUGAAGGGAUCCAACAUUUGGAGGACAAAAUCGCAGUUAUUCUUUGCAAUCUUGAACAAAUAUUUCCACCAUCUUUCUUUGAUGUAAUGGAGCAUCUUGCAAUUCAUUUACCUCGGGAGACAGAACUUGGUGGUCCGGUUCAGUAUAGGUGGAUGUAUCCGUUCGAGCGUUUCAUGUUUCAUCUCAAAAAGAAGGUUAAAAAUUUAAGCAAGGUGGAGGGCUCGAUUGUCGCUCAAUGCAUUAAUGAAGAAAGAUCAAACUUCUCAUCUCACUACUUCGCACUUCAAGUUCAAACAAAGAGUAGAAAACCGGGUCGCAAUGACGAUGGAGGAGAAAAACCAAAAUAUCGUACCUAUGUGCCAGAUAUGUUUGCACAAGUCGGACGUUUAAGUGGAAAACAGAGGAAACGAUGGCUAACUGCACAGGAGCAAACGCAUUUGCAUACAUAUAUUCUUCUCAACUGUGAGGAUAUACUGCCAUAUGAACGAAUGUAUGAUGAUCAGGUUAGAAUGAGUUGCCCAUAUAUUACAGAUGAUGAGCUUGCUAGUUUGAAGCAAAGAGAAUUUGCGAAUUGGAUGAAAUUCUAUAUAGCCAAAGUCAAUGGAGAUAGAGGCAUUGAUGCUGCUUGCAGGACAGUCUCUGCCGUUCACUCUGUGCGGUCAAGCUCUCAGGCUGAGCUGUCAAUAGUGUUUUGA